AUGUUCCAUGUUGCUCAUAAACUGAAGGAAGGACGCUCACUACUUGAUUCACCAACUAUCCCCUUAAGCAAACAAGAUGCCGCUCUCAGUCAUUUUGUUGGCUUUUUUGGGGAGUCAUACUACAAAAUUAUGCAAAAAAAACUAGGGAAUGCUGUUUCAGAAUAUAAAAGCGGUAUCAGUGACGUUUCUCAAUGUACACAGAGGAUAAAAGAUGAAUUCAUGGUUGCGAUUACCAAAAAAUUCACUCUGAAAGAAAACAUAAGUCAUGAUGUAAUACUCGAUCGCCAAUUGUUCUUGAUAUAUACGGCAGAUUUGAUGGCGUCAUAUAUAUUAAUGUUCACCGGCAAAGGUAUUAGUCAUAACUUGUAUAAAUAUAUAUGGUCGAAUUGGGCAUUUUUAGAUGGAAACAUUGAUUGGCUUUGUUGUAACUGGGUGCUCAACUGUGGAAACCAUGAUGAAGAUGCACAUAAAAAUGGAACUGCCCUUGAUUCGAUUCCAAAUGAUGAACUUAUAGACAUUAUUAGACUUCAUAAGCAUCAUCUAUCUCCAGAUUUUGUCAGACAACGAUCUAGAAAUGUUUUAAAAACUCUUGAUAAGGCUAGUUUGUUGGCGAUAUUUCAAUCUAUCAUGAUAAAGGCUCUUUGGGGUCAUUCAAUCACUCCGGAGGAUGGUUCCAAUAGUUCAGAAGUUGAGGGAAAAGAUAGCUCCAUUCAUCCAGAAAAUGACAAAAGGAUGACUGAAAAGGAUCAAAUAAGUUCUCUACAUAAGUGGCUUAAGGAAUAUAGAAAGAAAAAAGCCCAAAGGACUAAUGUUCUUCUGCCAAGAUUAUCAGAACUCAAAUUUCAUGAAAGUGAAAGCGCUAGAAACUCAAAAAAAUAUAUUGGUAUUAUUAAAACCAAAAUAAAUUAUAUUGAUAUUGAAUUAAACAAAAUGAGUGAAAAUAUGCACGAACAUGACGCUGAUUAUUCGGAACUAAAUACCACUCUCUAUAAGACAAAAGGGAUGUUAAAUACCCUCUUAAAUGUAUAUGAAAGUGAGUUAGUUGAAAACUCCCUGGUGUAUGGAUAUAUAAAUAAUAAUAAUGGUUUAAAUGUUAUGAAAAGUUUACUAAACGCUUUUGAUACAUCUGAACUCUUGAAUCUCUUAUCCGCUGUGCUUUUGGCGAUUCCAGAAUUGAAACCCGUAAUUACUCGGCAAGAUUAUGCAGACUAUGCUAUUAUACCAUUUAACACGCUUGCAAAACUCUGUUUUAUAGGUAUUAUGAGAAUAAAUCCAAAUAUAUCAUUCUCACCUUCAGAUACACAACAUGAAGAAAAUACAGAAUCAAGACGUACAGACUCUGUGAAACCUUCUUCAAUGGUUUUUGAACCAUAUGAAUUGAAAGGGGUUGUAAAAAAAAGUGCAAAAAUGCUGAAGAUGAAUUUGAAAAUAGGUGGUAAGGAAAAAAAAUGUCUGAUAUUGACUGCCGAAAGGGAUAGAAAUAUUACCGAAGGAAUACUCUCACAUAUUUCCAGUUAUGAGGCGUUAUGCAAAGUUCUUGAUAACCCUGAUCUAGAACAAAUUGAUUCGAUAGAUUCAAAAACUGCUGAAGCAAUUAGACAGACCAAAAUAUCAUCAAUAUUCAAAAAAAUGGAUGAUGAACAGCUAAAUGGCACGUAUAUAAAGGUUCUGAAGGAAAUUGAAUUAAAUCCCAAGCCUUUUGUUCAAGAGGAAACAUUUGAGGUACAACACUCCUCAUUUGUUAAUGAUAUUAAGACACUUUUUGAAGAAAACCCAGAGAUAGAUGCUCUAGAAUUAUCAAAGUUUUACACAGAAAAUAAUACUGAUUCUCAAUACUCUGUCGAAUCUGAACGCAAUGGUAUCCUUAGGUUUCUGGAAGGAGAAGACCUCGAUUCUUUGAUCGAUGACUCAUUUUCUACAAGGUCUGUGCAUGAAAUGAGUCUAUCUGAGUUGAGAAUGUUAUCGGAAAAGGUAUCUAACCGUAUAGAAAACGAUCCUAAUACUGAUAUAAUCACGUUAAACCCAUAUUCAGAUCAUAAAUUCACUCUUACUUCACUUCCAACCCGAAAACGUACUUGUAUAAACAAAGCUUUUCGUUUAUUCGCGAAACUUGGAGAUUAUUAUACAGCAGAAGCUACUGAAAAUACGUAUAAGAAUUUUUUCAAGCGUGACAAUUCUAAUUUGGAACCUACAUGGCAAGAUCCACAACUUAUAGAAAAUUUCAUCAGACCUACUCAUAGAGUUAACACAAUUAAUGUAGAAAAAUAUUUAAACAAGUGGUUAGACUUGGGGCUUGGCACAGACGUUGCAAAUGCUGCUGUGGCAUGGAUUAAAAAAUCUAUCUUGGAUGUUGUAGGUAGAGAAUAUGAUGACUUGGAAAUUGAGCCAACCCAAAUACAGAAUAUGGCUAUACCCACACUUUUGAAGGAUUCAUCAAAUUUGUUGAUAGCAUCAAAUGCUGCCAGCGGUAAAACCUUAGCGUAUCUGCUCCCAAUCAUACAGCUACUAAAAAAUGAGGAGAAAAAAUUUUUAAGAAAGUUACGAAGCCCAAGAGCACUAAUUUUAGUACCAAACAGAGAACUGGCGGAUCAAAUAUUAAGCGUUAUUAAGGGAUUAGGACAUGUUGCUAAAAUAACUUGUGAAUCAUUGACUGGUGGAUAUUUGAUGAGGAAACAAAGGAAACAUGUCAAUAGGUUGGUUGACAUAGUUGUUGCCACACCUGAUCGUCUAUAUAAAAUGAAUAAAUAUAUAGACAUGAGCAGAAUUAAAUUUAUAGUACUUGAUGAAGCAAAUGUUCUUAUAAAUGAAGGAUUUUGGCCGCGAGCUCACCAAAUUUUAGAUAACCUAAGACAUGAUCCGCAAUUAAUCCUAGUUGCACCAGAUUACAAAUUCCUUGAUCACUUUAAGAGGGUUCAGACCUCUAUUUCAAGAAAAGGAAAACAUAAUAUAAGUACAAUAGGCUGUAAAAUUAAAGGUCGUGAUGAGCUAAAUAGAAGAAUUGAAGAGUAUUAUGGAAAUAGCUAUGAAAAUACAAUUAGGGGAUUCUCUCUCUGUGAAGAAAUUUUUAAUUGUAAAAAAAUAGUGGAUGAAGCAUGGGUUCAUCGUCCUGGUCGAGGUGUAACUCAUGAAUUCAUAAAUGUCAAAUCCGAUGACAAAGUACGUGCGCUGAUAAAUCUUAUCAGGUAUGGGAGCGCCAGAAGGUGCAAGAAGAUUCUUGUAUUCUGUAACACCUUACAGAGUUGCAGGGCCGUACAUCAUUAUUUAGUGGAAGCUGGCCUACCCGCAACCUGUCUACAUGGAAAGGUACCCAUUCUGCAAAGACGCAAAAACUAUCGAGAUUUUAUCAAUAAUGCCUAUGGAAUAUUGGUUACCACGGACGUUUUUAGUGCGGGCUUAGAUUUAAAUGUAGACGCUGCAAUAAUGUUUGACUUUCCAUUAAAUAGUAUGGAUUAUUUGAGAAGAUCUGGCAGAGUUGGAAGGUUGAUUAAUAACGAUGCGAUCGCCCCGAAAGGUAUUUCCAUUUCGCUACUUAAAAAACGUGAUUUACCUCUGGCAACUGCAAUACAAAGAAGCAUUAAAAUGCCAUUCUUCCCCCUAAACAAUUUAUCUUCCAGAAAAUCUGAUUAUAAUAUUAGGACAGGCAGGAUGAGAUAUUUAACACAAGCAGGAUCGUACUUUAAACUUGCCGAAAUAUUAAGACGGGAAGAGAUCGAGGGAACUUUCAAAUACGAGAAUAUGAAUUCUUACUUGGAGAAAUUCAGAGGAGCAGUCAAGGAACAGAGUAAAAAUUCACUUAAGAAAAUUAUUUUGAGGAGGAGAAGAAUAUGCAAACGUAGGAGAAUAUUAUUAAGAAGGCUUAAACUAAUGAAAAGAUGGAACAAGGCUGUCAGGCUAAAACAACGAAUAAUAUCGCAAAUUGAUAAAAGAGUCCGCAAGUCAGAUGGAUCAAUUCACACUAGAAUGAACAAAGAGAAUCGUAAAUGCCCAAGUUUGAAAGACUUGAAACCAAUAAGAGGUAAACUAAUGAAGUUAAAGCUAAUUGCUGAUAAGCUAAAUGAAAGAAUAUUGAAGCGAAAUGAUAACGCCCUAAUGAAAUUUAUAAAUAAGGUACAACUCAAGGCGAAAGAUGCCUCUAUAAAAGAAAAGGAUACAAAGCCCAAAUUUCAUACCAUUGACAAGGUUAAAGCAUCUAUUGGAAAGAGUGUAAAGCGUAUUUGUUCACUUGUAUAA